AGAGUAAUAACCAUAUACAGAAAGAGAGAAAGUGUGUUCAAAGUGUUGAACAUAUAUAAAUGAAUAAAAUCAAAGUGUUGGGUCAGCACUUCUAAACCUGUUCGAUCCAUUAAUCGUUUGUUUCAAUUAGGGCUUCCCAAACCCUACGCCAGACAGAAUUCAAUCGCAGAUUCAAAAUCAGUAAACUCAAACCAAUCAAUCAGAAAAAUCGAAGGAACCGAUUCCUGACCGGAGCAUGGCGGAGCACCUGGCAUCGAUCUUCGGGACGGAGAAGGAUCGCGUCAACUGCCCUUUCUACUUCAAGAUCGGCGCGUGCCGGCACGGCGACCGGUGCUCGCGGCUGCACAACCGGCCAAGCAUCUCGCCAACGCUGCUGCUGUCCAACAUGUACCAGCGUCCCGACAUGAUCACGCCCGGCGUGGAUCCGCAGGGGCAGCCGCUGGACCCGCACAAGAUCCAGCAGCACUUCGAGGACUUCUACGAGGACAUCUUCACGGAGCUCGCAAAGUUCGGCGAGAUCGAGAGCCUCAAUGUCUGCGACAAUCUCGCCGACCACAUGAUCGGCAACGUCUACGUCCAGUUCCGCGAGGAGGACCAGGCCGCCAAGGCCCUCCAAGCACUCCACGGACGGUUCUACAACGCCCGCCCCAUCAUCGCCGACUUCUCCCCUGUCACAGACUUCCGCGAGGCCACGUGUCGGCAGUUUGAGGAGAACAGCUGCAACCGCGGCGGAUAUUGCAACUUCAUGCACGUCAAGCUCAUCGGAAGGGACCUCCGCCGGAAGCUCUUCGGCCGCCAUCACCACCGCGGAGGUGGACGCUACCACCACACCAGCCGGAGCCGCAGUCGCAGCCGCAGCAGGAGUCCAAGGCACCGCCGGGAGGGACGGGAGAGGGACUCCCGCAGCGGCGGGAGGCGGGAGUAUAGAGAAAGAGACGGCGGUGGACGACGGAGACACGCCGAGAGUCCCGCCAGAGAAGGGAGCGAGGAACGCCGCGCGAGGAUCGAGCAGUGGAAUCGGGAGAGGGAGGAGAAGGAGUGACUUUAUCGAUGCUGGUUUCCGAGAAUGGAACAUCAAUUUCGUUCUCAGAAUUGUCAUUUUCAGUCACAAAUGCGAGUGGUUAGUUCUUUUCUGGUGUGGUGGUGAUCUCGUACUUCUCUUCAUGGGACGAUUUUUUUUAAGCACAUAAAAUGUUUUGAUUUUAUAAGUAAUUGAAGGUAUCCUGGUAGAGUCAACUCUGUUGAUUGGUUAAGUAAUUUUGAUAAUCUAGAUCUAAGUUAGGGAUUUUGUUAGAGGCCUCUAUGGGUUGUUUUUACUAGUUUUGUUUAUUUCUGCUUGAGUUUUGAAUCGAAGGGUUUCAAUUCUUCUGAUUCAUAAACUUUGAGUAGAGUUGUGAUCCUGCCUACAUUGUCUUUUGCUUUUGUCAUUGCACUUGUUGUGCCGGAUGCAAGCUAAGUACGAUGGAAGGUAUUCAUGUGGUUUGAUGGUAAGUUAGGGUAAGCUUUGCGGCUGUGGGCUAUUGGGUCAUCAUUGUAAUAAAUAGUUGUAUCACCUCCACGAUAUGAUAGUAAAUUAGGACAUCCUAUAGACUUGAAUUUAAGUUUGUAUUUGGUUUUCUGUUAUGCAGUCAUAACACUUGGCCAUUUUGAAGUGUGGCUAUGCUAUGCCUGUGACUUUGGGGCUGGGUGGUAUUGUUUGUUGUCUGUUUGCCUUUUCUGUUUUUCAACAAGUACAUGUUGAUUAUUCUGCCAUAUCUCAAAUUUCUACUGUAUAUAUCCAAGUGAACAAGAAAUAUCAAUGAUUGAUUUUUCUACUUCUGUGUUAAUGUGUCUGCUUCCUUGGUUGGUAAUUCUUCCAGGUUGUUUGUAGAUUCAAUUGUUUAUCUCUUUUCAUGCUUUAAAAGGAGUUAAGACCAAGGGCUCAAAACCAAAACAUUCUCAUUAUAAUUUGAUGGCGUGAUCUGUGAUGCUCUGUUCUCUUUCUGACUCUACAUUUCUUCUCCUCUUCCUCCCCAGUUCCCGGGUCUUCUCUUUCCUGUUUCUUUAACAAUAUUUUUAUUGUUUUUUCUGUCCAUUUUAUAAUACGAAAACCUUUGUUAUUUAAUUUUGAACAGUAUUUUCUAUAACCCUGUAAGCCACCAAUGAGUUGCAACCCGGUGUGCUACUGGCAGCUAUAUGUUAAAUAUUUUGUGUGAAGAUAUGGUCAAUGAUUUUUGUUGAGACAUCGAAAUACAAAAACAUUAAAUGAAAAAGUAAGCAUGUAAUAUAUUUGGAACUUAAAAGAAAACACUACCAUUAAUUUAGUUUUGCAUUCUUUAUUCUUAAAAAUUGCCUUUGGUGCCUUUUAGCCAAACAUGUCUUUAAUAGUUAUUGUGUGUGUUUUCGUUAUUGUCGAAAUUUUAUCUCUUUCUGUUUGGCUGAAGAAUAUUGAGAUGUUUACAAGC